CGGAGACCUUCGUUUCCGUAGCAACUGGGGCCGGUCCGUUAACCGCAGCGACCGUUCAACAACCGGAGCUCACCGGGGUGAGGAGCAGCGGCCAGCGUGGGGGGGGCCACUAUCGUCGGUAACCGGACACCACCGCUGCCGUGCAGGGCGUAGAGACGCGGGGGGGGGGACGCAGCACCGAGCCCGCGGUCCCGUGCGGAGAUGCUGAAUAUGUGGAAAGUCAGGGAGCUGGUGGACAAAGCCACCAACGUGGUGAUGAACUACUCGGAGAUCGAAUCCAAGGUGAGAGAGGCCACCAAUGAUGACCCCUGGGGUCCCUCUGGACAACUGAUGGGAGAAAUAGCCAAGUCUACCUUCAUGUAUGAGCAAUUUCCAGAGGUGAUGAACAUGCUGUGGACCAGGAUGCUGAAGGACAACAAGAAGAACUGGAGACGAGUGUACAAGGCCUUACUGCUGCUGGCCUAUCUGAUCAGGAACGGGUCUGAAAGAGUCGUCACCAGUGCCAGAGAACACAUUUACGACCUGCGAUCUCUAGAAAACUACCAUUUGAUUGAUGAGAAUGGUAAGGAUCAGGGCAUCAAUGUGCGUCAGAAGGUGAAGGAGAUGGUGGAGUUCAUCCAGGACGAUGACAGAUUGAGAGAGGAGAGGAAGAAAGCCAAGAAGAAUAAAGAUAAAUACAUUGGAGUCUCUUCUGACAGUAUGGGAGGAGGUGGAGGAGGAGGAGGAGGAAGCUUUAAGAAUUCUAAUGAGUUGGAUCGGAGUAAGUGGGACGAGGACUGGGAUAAGAGCAGAGGAGCUUUCCCCUUCAGCGAGAAGCUCGGAGAGAUCAGUGACAAGAUAGGCAGCACCAUCGACGACACACUCAACAAGUUCAGGAAGAAGGAACGAGACGACUCACCCGACAGAAUCAGUGACAAUGAGGAGGACCGAGCAUCUAGAAACAGCAGGCAGGAAACCCUGGAGUUCAAAGAUGAAGAGGAAACUGUCACAACAAAGAGUAUUCAGAUCACACAAGCAACAGAAACCACAACCACCACCACACGGAAACGCAGCGGAGCAUCGAGCAGCAAGACUCUGGACCUCGGUGCUGCAGCUCACUACACUGGGGACAAGAGCCCAGAGGAAAAGUCAUCAGUCAGACAGUCAUCCAGUAGCGGCCUCGCUGACCUGUUAGUGAUCGACCCUUUAUCGAAUCAGAGCAAUACAACAGGUGGUAGCUCAGACCUGAUCGCUGGUUUUGCUGACUUCUCCUCUCCUGCAGCUUCUGCCAGCCUCCCAACCGCCUCGGCUGCUGUAUCAUCCAAUGAAAAUGGAGAAUUUGGAGACUGGAGCACCUUCUCAGCCAAACCACCAGCGAGCUCUGCUCCCUCUCAGCCUGUCACCAACCUGUUUGGCAGUGUCCAGUCGCCCACUGCCACUAAUGCCGCCCCCGGGCCACCUUCUGCUGAGCUUUUUGACCUGAUGGGCGGAGUUAACCAUCAACUAACCAAUCCACACACAACACUGAGUGCGUCUCAGAGCUUGACUUUCUCUCUGGGGGGAGCACCACCAGGAGCAACUGUUGCUAUGCCCACAGUGCCCCUUUCUCGCUCUCAACAGAGCUUGGGAGGCAUCACAUCUCAGCAGCCCAUAGGACAACAGCAGAAGGUUGGCGUCGGAGGUCAGGGAUCAUUGGGGUCGACAUGGUCCGACCCCUCCGUCAAUAUCAGUCUGGACUUCCUAUCAGCAGGCCUCAACCCCACUAAGACGCCGCCCACACUCAACAACAUCAUCCAGCAACAAGGUGUGCCCCCCGUCAACCUGUUGUCCCAGAACUUUGGAGGACUGAACCUGAGCUCCCCGCCCCCUGUGACACCCAUCAGACCACCAGCCAAUUCCAUGAUGGCAGGUGGUGCCAUGACGAUGGGCAUGCCUGCAUCAAUGGCAACUGGCAUGCCACCCUCAAUGACCACGGGUACCAUGGGGAUGGGCGGAAUUCCAGUAAACCAAGGCAUGAUGGGAAUGAACAUGAGCAUGAAUAUGGGCAUGACCACUCCGGUGAUGAUGGGUGGCGUGGGAGUGCCAGGAGUCGGUAUGGGCCUGUCACACUCCGUCAGCCCAGCUGUGGUCCCACCCAAACAAGAUGCCUUCGCUAACUUCGGCAAUUUUGGGAAAUGAUGGAGUGCAAAUGUGUGUGAGUGUGAAUGUGCAUGUCUGACAGUGUGAAAGCGUGAACCAUGGACGGACCGCUGUACUUGAAGACAACCUUGCAUGUUUCUCUCUAUGCUUCUGCUCUUUUUGGCGAGGUGAUACCAGUGAUCAUUCGCUAUCCCAGUCUGAUGACACAAUCUUUGAAGUGGGGGAGCGCCCCCUGGUGCCCCUCACCCUCUGGUACUUUUCCUGAAGAGCAGGGAAGUUGUUGACCCCACACUCCUCACCUGUUUUAUAAUAUGAACUGCAGGGUCAUUACAAAACAUCAUGACAGAACAUUCCUCUCUGUAACUGCGCAGUGAAUUCAAUCAGUAGGGUCAACUCCGGUUAAAAUGGCAUCGCUGCCUUCAUUUCGCAUUGUAGCCCAAAACAUCACUUUUAACAUAAUUUCAACCUACUUCAAUCACAAAUUUUACUUUAGCAGUUACAGUAUCUAACGUUCACAGUGAAUGGAUGUACAGUAGGAAGAGAUUUGUUGAUGUGUAAAACGUAACUGAAGCCUUGAAUUGCUCAGAUAUAACAGGGUUACUGUUAAAAGUGAUGCUUGUCCUGUACUUUUCAUUUUGGAUGCCUCUGCCAUAUUAAUGCCCAAUGAAAGCAACAGUCAGUAUUUUAACUAAUAUUUCCACUCAACACAUCUGCAUACAGACACUGUUUAUGGUGGUGGAAAAUGUCUUAAAUAAUGAGUAUUUUCUAGCCUGCUGUGGGAAAAGAGGGUCAUCAUCUGCGAGAGUGAACAUCAUAGUGUAAUUAUUUAAAUGUCUUUCAUGUUGAAGGCAGUAGUACACAGCAGUUUUUGGGACACCUCAGCAAUGUACCAUAACUUAGUAUUUUUACCACUGAAGAAUUUUCAUCUUGCAGCUAAUUCUUUUGGUCUCUUGCAUAUCUGGGCCUCACAAACGAUGUACUAAACGCAUUAGUUUUUAAUAAAUGGUUCCUACGGCUAUAGCUGAGACCGAUCGAAGGGGGUUUUGGGAUCCUGGGUGAAGCAAAUGUGUGAGAAAUGAAUGACUGUGUAUGUGUGUGUGUGACUUUGUGUAUGGAUUUAGUUUUCUCUGUUUGAUGUGCAAACAUGACUAAGCAGAGCCUCUUGUCAUUUUCUUAGGCACUGCACUCCAAAUGACCAAAUCUUUAUUUUGUUACUCUCAGAAGGAUGAUUCCAUAGCUGUUAGUUUAAUAUUUUAUUAGUUGACUUGUAAGGUUAUGUUCAUAUUGGAGAACUACUAAUUUUUCUUCUUUUUUUUGGUACAGCUCAUUUCAUUUGAUUGUACACUAUAUUUUCUGUACAUCAUUCAUCAUUAAAUUAAAUUA